CAGAUAGCAAACUCUGUAGGCCUGUUUUCUCAUCUCAUUUGUGUAGUAGCUAUUCUGCUGAUGAGUGAGCUGCAGAUUCGGUAAGCCAUUUUUAGGUACACGUUCCCCGUCUGAUGGCAGGCUCUAAGUGGAAGUAUAAUUUUGGCCUGCUGCUUAUUCUUCUUGUGGUGUUUAUCUGGGUUACUUCAGCUGAAGUGACACAGCUCAUUUUCGAGAAGUACAGGCAUCCCUUCCUGCUCACGUGGCUCGGAGCCGCACUGUUGUCCAUAUACCUUCCGAUCGCCUAUCUUAGGGAGUGCAUAACUCCGGUAGUCAUCAAACCCACAUCCACCGUUUCCAGCGGGACUCACAAAACCCUGAAGGAUCUCAAGAGUCACUCGAGCGGCGGCGAAUUGCAACGACUUAAGAAUGAGCCUCGGCACCACAAGAGGCCUUCAAAGCCUCCGCGCGAGAUUGACGACAACAGCUUGGAUGAAGAGAGCGACCUGGACACCGAGCUGCUGCUCCAGAAGUCCCUUUCGGAUAUGGCACAACCCGUUCGUCCGGCGAAGCUCUCCACCCGGGAGAUUAUUAAGUGUGCCUUCGUCCUAGCACCCCUCUGGUUGCUCACAGAGUAUCUGUCAAACGCUUCUCUUUCAAUGACAAGCGUGGCCAGCACAACCAUUCUUUCGUCAACUUCAGGGCUUUUCACUCUCCUUUUCGGGGUUACUCUAGGAAAUGAGAAGUUAACAACGGCCAAGGUGGUUGCAGUGCUGGUGAGCAUAGCUGGAGUGGUCAUGACUGAGCUCGGCAAGAGUACUGCAGCUGAUGAUAGCACCGUGUUUGGUGACAGCGGAAGGAACCCCGGCGAGGGAGCUGGUGAAUUUGUAUUGCCCAGCCAACAUCUUGUUGGUGAUAUAUUCGGUCUUCUCUCUGCAGUUUGUUAUGGAGUUUACACGACUCUUCUGCGGAAGUAUGUUGGUGAUGAUGAAGCUGGAGAAGAGAAAGCAGAUAUGCAGAAGGUGUUUGGGUACAUUGGCUUGGUUACAUUGCUCGGACUCUGGUGGAUUGUUUUUCCUCUCCAUGUGAUGGGGUGGGAGCCGAUUGCUGUCAUGCCUAGCACUGUCAAUCUGGAUGAGGACAUUGUUGCCAACAGCCUUGUAGGCAGCGUGGUCUCAGAUUACUGCUGGGCACUGUCAGUUGUGUGGACAACACCACUUGUUGCCACGCUGGGCCUGUCCCUCACUAUCCCUCUUGCGAUGGUUGCCGACAUGGUGAUGCAUGGCCGUCAGUACUCCUUCGUGUAUAUUCUUGGUUCUGUCCAGGUUUUUGGUGGCUUUCUUAUAGCAAAUGUGGCUGACAAGUGCAUGGGUGGUCCUGCUUCAACAGAAAAUGAAAGCCCGCGGUUUGAUAAGGAGAUGAUUGAAAUCCUUAGAAGUCCGGUAGAUUAAUCACUUUUAAAACGGACAACUCCGCUUCUUGCUAUGGUGACUCGCAAGCAGUAGGCAUGCUUGUGCCAAGAUCUCUCAAAGCGAUGGUUGAUUGCUUUCAGGCUUAUACAUGUCAUGCAUAUAGAAGUUAUAGGCUAGUAUCAGUGUGUGCUCCUAGUGAGUACAACCCAACUGCUAUAUGUUCCCUGUUUCUCCCCUAGUAAAACAUUCACGUAUUC